UCCAAUCAUUGUGCUUGGUGAAUGAAACAUCGUGGCGGUGGCGCGAGUUUUAUACUUAUUGUGCUUUAGGUCGGCGGGAGAUAGAGCUCUGUCAGCCGGAGUUUAAUUAAAUUACUUUUCUUGCUUUUGUUCUUUUGGAGAGUGUCGACUUAAAAGCGUUACAAUGGAUGACUUUGGUGUUUACGCCAUAUUUGGAGUAGAUGAACCACCACAGCAGAUCUUAAGCAGGCGUGAAGGAUGGCAGAGCUCCACUGAGAUCCAGCCUAGUGUCCAGCUGAUGGUGCUCUUCACCAGAGGAGAUUGGGGAAAGCGGGAUUCAGUCUCUGUGGAGCUGGCUGAUGAGAGGAACAUACCCAUUAAUAUGGGAAAACUAACACCAUUCAAUAAAUGUCUGUCAUGGGAAUCUGGUGAGGAUGGUGUCUGGUCCAGUGGCGCAACCUUAACUGUAAAACUCAUUGGGGGUACUACAGAGUUUUUGGAUCCGGGGCUGGCUCUUUCACAGAUGGAAUGCACUCCAGAGUGCAUUCCCGCAGUACCUGCAUUAAGAGAGUGUCCAGGCAAGAGGAAGCGAUCUCAGGGAGAGGAGAAGGAGGAGGAAGUGAAUGAAGGUAGAGGCAAGGAGAACAUCUGCCCUAAGGCCUCUGAAAAGGUGACACCUCAAAGACAGACCAAGAACAAUCAUCGUGGAGGUCAGACACGUCUCUUCUCACAAAAGGAGGAACAGACUGCAACUUCCAGUUCUCAGAGCCACAAAGCUAAGGGCAAGCAGGCCAAAACCCCCUUACAAACUGCUCCACUGGACAAGCCGUCAGGUCGUUGGGGUCAAACUCUCUGUCCCAUUGAUCCUCAGACAGCAAUUUUGAUUGGAGGACAAGGUGCCAGAAUGCAGUUCUGCAAAGACCCCAUUUGGAAACUGUGCACAGAGGAUCUUUCUUGGGUACCUGCUGAAACCCUUGCAGAAGGACCCACCCCUGAGGCCCGCAUUGGUCACACAGCGACCUAUGACCCGGAAUCUAAGCGUAUCUUUGUGUUUGGUGGCUCAAAACAUAAGAAAUGGUUUAAUGACGUUCACAUCCUAGACACACAAACCUGGCGUUGGACUUUGGUUGAGGCGCAGGGAAAAGUGCCUCCUCUGGCCUACCACAGCUGCAGUAUGUUCCGAGGAGAGCUCUUUGUGUUUGGAGGAGUGUUUCCUCGCCCACACCCAGAACCAGACGGCUGCAGUGACUCCAUCUACAUCUUUAACCCUGAAAUGGCCAUCUGGUAUCAACCUAUUGUCAAUGGAGAGAAGCCUGCGCCACGCUCUGGGCACUCAGCAUGUGUGAUGCAGGGGAGGAUCUUUGUGUUUGGAGGAUGGGACACUCCUGUAUGCUUCAAUGACAUGUUCAUGCUAGACCUUGGCCUGAUGGAGUUUUCUGUUGUGAAGACAGGUGGAACAGCCCCGUCUCCCAGAAGCUGGCAUGGCUGUGCGGUUCUUUCAGACUGCAGCUUCCUGAUCCAUGGGGGCUACAAUGGGAACAAUGCACUGAGUGAUGCAUUCGUCUUCAACACAGACACUAGUUGCUGGUCCUCUCUGGCUUUUCCCCAGCUCAAUUCUGCACCCCGAGCUGGACAUUCCAUCAUUACCAUGCCCACAACAUGCAAACCGGGAUGUACAGAUGAACAAGAGGAACUUCCAGAGUCAGCCCCCCAAACACUUCUGGUUUUUGGUGGUGGUGAUAACGAAGGGAGCUUCUUCUCUGACAUUUUCAUUAUGCCAGCAGAGGAGCUAAGAGACUAAACAUUUGAUCAAGAUUUGGUUUUACAUGCUUUUUAUAUAUAUAUAUUUUAUCUCAUGGUGUUUCAGAUUUUGUUUUGUGUGUGUGGAUUGAUGUUUGUUUAUUUAAAGAGGUUUAUUACACUUUCACUCAGGUAUUUGCAUUAUGUUCUCAUUUAUAAAGAGUGGACUGUUUCCUAAAGAAGAGAACUAGUUCAUCAAACUAUUAUUUACUCACCCUUGAGUGGUUUUGAAUCUGUAUUCUGUUCUUCUAUAGAACAUCAAAGAACAAAUGUAAAAGUCUUGUCACAGCUUUUUUUUUUUUUUUUUUUUUUU